AUGGAAAUUGAUGAACAUGAUGAAUUAGAGCAACAACAGCAGCAAGAUUAUGGUGAAGUCUCGGAACAUACUGCAAUCUCUUCAUCUUCGUAUGAUGAUAUGAAGAUGAGCACAAAUGAAGAUGAACAACAACCACAGGAGCAGGAACAAUAUGAAGACAUGGAGCAUGAACAUAAUGAAG